GUCGUCAGCUGCUUUUGAUGUGAAGUACAAACGUGCAUCGGAGAACGCGCCACAUCACAAUGAAAAUCAUAUUCCGUGAAGUGAUUAUUUUUUCCCCCUUGUCGGAGGAGCCACGCCGGAUUUGAAAAUGUGGGAGUCUGCUGACAGCGAGACGAAGGACGGACCGGAGGACUCCGGCGACGUGAAGGAGUUCUCGGAACAUGAACUCCUCGACAUCAUGUACGACGCGUGUACCGCCUCCGGCACAGGGGAGGUGUCGGCGUCGUCCAUCUUGGCGUACCUGCGGAAGGUGGCGUCGCAGAGUCCCGAGCAGGGCCGGCUGACGUCUCUGGAGCGGCUGCUGGACCCUGAAAGUCAGGACCCGGUCGUGAGCAGGGAGAUGUUCCACGCGACGAUGAAGGAGUGGAUCGCCGAGUGCGGUCAGGACUGUGCUGACGUGGACAGCGGUGACGACGCGUCGCAUCCCGAUACUUCCGUCGUGGCUUUAAAUGGUCUAGAAUUGUCUACAACGCUGACAAAUUCCGCUUCCUCCGACCCCCAAAAGUGCGCCUGCGGCGGGAACGACCCGUCGGAGACGCUGGCGGAGCUGAAGCACGCUCACCGCAAGCUGAGCGAGCAGAACGGCGGCCUGCUGAGGACGGUGGCCAAGUGUGAAGACGUCAACCUGCAGCUCACUGUGGAGAUCGCUGAGCUCAGGGCGAAGCUGGCCAGUUCCCAGCGGUCGGCGGUUCGAGUCCGAGCCGUAACGGAGGAGCUGGAGGAGACCCGUCGGGCCUUUAAAGAGGCGCAGGAAAGGGCGUGUCGCGCGCAAGCGAGCUGCGCCAAGCUGAGCAACGAGGUUGAAUGCCUGAAGGUUCACGUCAGGAGGCUCGAAGACAAGAACGAAAAGCUCUCCUUCGAAAAGACGCGCUCGGAAGACGGCACCAGCAAAUUGCGGAAGGUCAAUGCCGAGUUGAGGGCUGAACUUCAAGAAACUUUGGUAAUCUUGACUCUGAAAGAAAGAGAAAUGACCAAGAAAGACGUUCUCAUGGAUAAGAUGAAGAACUCCCACGUGGAGAAUCACAACAUCAUCGAGGGCGUCCAGGCCGAGCUGAUGAGGUUACACGAGCACUCGCAUCAAGUCCUGCUGAGGUACGACAGACUCCGCGUCGGCCCCGAGACUCUGUUCGCUCGAGAGCCUCCGAACUUGCGCUCUCUGCAAAGUGAGAUGCAAGACUUGCAGCAGCAGAACCACAGAGCUGUGGACGCUCUCCACACGGAGUGCGAAGACAUUCAGAGCAUCAUCCACAGGAUCAAAUCUGCGGAGAUCGCCCACCUUUGGCGCGCUAAGUUUCCGGAGAGGGGCUCCCCCCCCGCCGAGCCCCCGGAGAAAACUUUUCCUCAGCACCAGCAGCAACAGGCAAGCAUCAAGCGGCAGCUCGUCAAUGUGCUGCAGGACCUCGAGCUGCAGAAGUGCGCCAGGGAGGAAAAAGGGGAGAAGGCCGAUGAAAAGGAGCAAAAGGCAAACCAGACGCCGAUCCCGCAGUACAAGAAAGUGGCCGUCGUCAAGUGGUGGAAGGCACUGAGCGCGGACGGCGCCAAGGCCCGGACCGGGGAGAGCAAGACCUUCCGGGAGGUCGCCGAGAGAGCUCGGCUCCACCGGGCCGGGCGGGCCGUCCUCCACGCGAGGGAGCGGGUCUGCCACCUGCAAGCGUCUCAGAAAUGUCAACAGACGUGCGCGACUGAGGCAAAGAGCAGCACCGGCAGAGUCGCGCUAGCGCACAAGGAAACAAACACCGACGGAGCUGGUGGAAAAGGUCCGGACCGGCGCAGGGAUGCGUGCGUGGCCACGGAACCCGUUCACAGCCCGGGCGGAGCGGCCUCGCGGCGGCGGCGGCAAGCCCAACUCGGGGUGACCGCCGACCGGCUCCUGGCGGCCCUCAGAAAGAUGCGGGCCGCGGUCAACGGCGCCCUGCGCUCGGCCCGGCUGGUCGAGGAGAGCGAGGAGAGGGCGAGCCGGGUCCGGGCGAGGAUGGAGGGCGUCGCCCGGACGCUGGAGGCCGCCCUGGCGCGCGCGGACGAGGCUGAGCUGCGGCUGGACUUGCUGGGGGCCCCCGUCGGGGGGCAAAACGAUCAGGCGCGUCCCGAGCUGCUGUCAGCUGGUCCCGACCACGCAACUGAGUUUGUUACGCUGGAUCAAGACCAAGUGGAACCUCCUCUUCCUCCUCCUCCUCCUCCUCCUCCUCCUCCUCGCGCGAUCCCAGAAGUCAGCGAGUCGCCGCCGCUUCCCACGAAUGGUGACGCAGAACUCGACGACUCCGACGAGGCCCGAGAAAAGGCCAGCAACUUUCCGCAGGGACCUUCGGCCCAGCUCAAGGCCGAGGACCCCGGCGCCGACUCCGCUGCCGAGGCUCCCUUUGUCUUCCCCCUGACCCGCUCCCGGCCCGGCCCGCUUCCUGCCAUGCCCACGCUGCCCGAGGAAGAGGAGGACUCCCCCGAGGAUCUGGACAGUUCUUCCAGCUCUCCCAGUACGUGUGCACCCGCUGAGAGCGGCGCCGUCGUCAUGACGGGGCCCGCGAUCGUCUACCCGCAGCAGGCCAGCGCGGCGCAGCAAGACGGCCGUCCCCGAGAGCGGGCGAGGCCGCACAGUCCCAGGACGCGUCUGGCCAGGAUCUCCUCCGCAGGAUCCAUCACCACAGUCGACGGCGCCGGUCACGUGAUCGACCUGCUGAAGGACAAGCUGCCCGAGGUGCGGCUCUCCGAGGAGGACCGCCAGAAGAACCUGGAGCUGCUGGAGCAGGCCAAGAAGGUCAGCGAGCGCUUCCUGAUGCGGCGGGGCCGGCGUUCAACCAGCAGCCUUUCCGACCCCCCCGCAGAGGCGGAAGUUCCGGAAGCGACUUGCGGUCCGCACGCCAUCAGCCAGCAUCUGGACGUCGCCUCAGCCGGGGGCCGCGAGGAUGUGGAGGGCAGCCGCCUAGCGGUGGAUUGGAAGCCCACAGAGAAGAGGAAAGUCUCUUCCGGGACCCUCACUCCGCGUUUUGCCCUUCCGAAGGACAACUGCGAGCCCAAAAGUCCUCCGGGAGCCAACAGAAGCGAGGACGGAGGUCGCAACUCCAGCCCGGCGCCGGCCACGGGGGUGGCCAAGCCCGUCCCUCGGCCCCCGACGCAACAGGCCCCCUGCACGGCAGAGAUCAAGACCAUCGGCGCCUUCCCGCCGCUGAUGCGGGCCGUUUCCUGGGACGCCGUCGGGGGCGUCAACUCCAGGAACGGAACCGACGACCCGGGCUCGGACAGAGGCCGGGACGGGCUUUUUCAAUCGGCGGGGCUCAAGGAGCUCCCCGCGCCCAAACUCUCCAAAUUCCGAGAGGAGCACAAGCUGACGCGCAACCAAAGCGUCGUCUGCUCCAAGUUGCCGGAGUUGAGCGAAGCUGCCGAACAGGAAAAAGGAUCCGCGUCCCCUUCCAACGCGUCCGCCAGCGGCGAGGAGAGCAAGUCGGACGCCAUGCCAAACAUCUCCGACGUCAUGCUGAGAAAACUCAAACUUCAUCGCGGCCUGCCUGGCUGUCCGCCUCCGCUCACUGAAAAGGAAGUUGAGAAUGCAUUUGUCCAGCUGUCGCUGGCCUUUCGGAACGACAACUACACUCUGGAGACCCGCCUCAAGCAGGCCGAGCGGGAGAGGAACCUGACGGAGGAAGAGACGCAGAAAGAACUCGAAGAAUUCAAAGGAGCGCUUAAGAUGAGCGCCCCGCAGUGGCAGAACCUGGAUCAGCGCGAGGCCUACCAGCGGCUGAUCGAGACGCUGGCGGUGCUGCACCGGCUGGCCACCCGCCUCUCCAGCAGAUCCGAGAUCGUCGGCGCCGUCCGACAGGAGAAACGCAUGAGCAAGGCCACCGAGGUCAUGAUGCAAUACGUUGAGAACCUCAAGAGGACGUACGAGAAAGACCACGCCGAGCUGACCGAGUUCAAAAAGUUGGCCAACCAGAACUCCAACCGCUGCUACGGAGGCGCCGUGGAAACUGGAGACGACGGCGUCUCUCGGGCUUCGAGAUCCAUGUCGCUCACUCUCGGGAAGGCGCUGCCCAGACGGAGGGUGAGUGUCGCCGUGGUGCCCAAGUUUAACCUCCUGAACAUCCCGGGGCAGACGCCACCCGCCGCCGCCCCCAACGCGCCGUCGGCUUCCGGACCUGGCGCCGCUCUCCCUGCCUUGAGUGAAGCGGGCGACGCGAAAGGAAACGCCUCGCCAGAAUCCUCACAACAGGUGACAACAGAGUGUGGGAAGAGCGCGUCGGAGCAGGAAGGCGAGCCGGCCAAGCCCGCCGUCAACCUGGAGGAGAUCAGAGCGGAAAUCAGGGCAGAGCUCAAGGCCAAGAUUGAGGAAGAGGCCUACAAUAAAGGCUACCAAGAAGGGCUGAAGCAAAACAAAGCAAUCCAGGAGGAAAAGCGGCAAGACGACCAGGAAGCCGCGGACAAGUCGGCGGAAUCAAAGAUCAGAGACGAAGAAAGUGGGAAGAAGAUCCAAGCAAGCCGGAGGACGGAAGAGGUCCAGGUUCUCCUUAGCCGCAUUUGCCCCAAGAUUUGGUGGAGCAAGCGGCUUCUCUUGGCCGCCUUGGUGGUUUUUCUGGUGAUGUGUCUGGCGAUCAGCGUUUUCACCUUCUUCGCCGGCUACUACAGCAAGCGCGACGACACAUAAGAAGGAACGCAAGCGCGUCGCUUUUAUGCGGGCGGGACGCGGCCGCCCCGUUUGAACCAAAGAAUUGCUCGUCGCAGCCAAUUUUCUCCGCGGCUGGAGGCGGCUCGCGUAUGAAUUUUGCUCCGCUUGCUACUCGUUCACGUCUGUUUAGGGACCAAAAUACGAUUGUGGUACAUGUGAAUAUGAUAAAAUAUGGCACUUUUGAUAUAACGUUAGUUGCGUUAUUACCAGCGGAUCUAGAGCAUACUCUAUGGUUUUUGAUUUUCUUUUUUUUUUUUUAUGCACAUUUUCAAAUACAAUGGAACCUGUAAGGUGCCCAACCCAAGGGCUGAGGGCCAGAUCUGGCCCGCCACAUCAUUUUCUGUGGCCCUAUACUGCACGUGUGCCUCAUAUUUCUUGCUAACACCUGUAACAAAACGUAGCCACUGAGGACCAGAGAGGGUGAACCCCAUGUUUGGGGGGGAAAAAAAUGUUUCCCCCAAAUUUUUGGCAUUUUGCAAAAAGUCUUCUUAAUUUGUUUCGUGACCACAUUCGUAACGCAAAACACUUAACUCAAAUUGCCUUUUCCCAUUGAAAUGAAUGGAGAUGGCAUCAAUUCGUUCCACCUGUACAUAGAACAUUCCUUCACACAAAAAUAAAUCCAUCCAUCCAUUUUCUGAGCCGCUUAGCCUCACGAGGGUCGCGGGGCGUGCUUGGAGCCUAUCCCAGCUUCAACGGGCAGGAGGCGGGGUACACCCUGAACUGGUUGCCUGAACUGGUCGCUAAGCACAUUUUUGUCACACUUUGUGCUUGAUUGGUUUUUAUGCUAUUUUGAAUAAUGCUUAUCGUAAGUAUAUACAGAGAUGUAGACUGAGACACGAAGGACAGCACAACACCUCAACGGUAAUUUUCGUCCUUUUUUGAGGAGGAUAAACACUACAUGCCCAUGAGUAUGUUUGUCUGCAUGUGUUGCGUCACCCUUAAUGUUCAAAAAUGUCGAUUUUGUUUAAAGGGUUAUAACACCACCGCAGAGUUUCUCUCCGUUUCCCCGUUAUGUAUUAGCAUUUAGCUCGUGGUCUUAAAGGCUAAGUGAGGUGGUUGUUUUCAAAGGCGUAACAUAGCAUGUUGUAUGUUGAGUUAGACAGUAAACUUCAAGUGGGAGUGGCACGAAGGAACUUCACAGUUCUGUUUAGUUUUUUUUAAAGGUACGGUUACACGGUCAUAAUGGCCCUCUGAGGAAUCAACGUACCUACAACGGGGCUGCAAUGAAAGUAAAUCUCAUUUGACCUCCCCUGAAUCUAAAUUUGACCACACCCCAAGGUGGUCAAAUUUGGGGUUUAUCACAGUUUCUCGGAUGUCACGCUAGACUUCCAACAAAUUUCUCCGGCAGUCACGCUAGACUUCCAACAAAUUUCUCCGGCAUGUCCUAACUUAACGACUUUGCAGGUUCCAUUGCAGUUUCUCACGUGCGCUAAGUUUUGCAGUCAAGUUGUCUUUUCUGCCGUUUUCGGGGCACACCGUCAGACAUUGCACACCGUUUACUUGUCAUCUUCUUUACACGAGUGUCAACCCUCAGCGGGAAUGUGCCGCUUCACCUUGAAAUAAAUUGUUUGUGAAUUCAACCCAUUACGCCGUUGUUGUUGU